GUCUAUACGUACCCUCAAUUCAUCUGCUCCUGCUUCAGCCCCAGCUGAAGUCAUAGUUCUCUGUACAUGACAUCACAAGUGGCUGCUGUGGAAAUUGAUCUGUGUAAUGCAGCUCUCAGGAGGCGAUCCAAGGCCCAGAGGUAGAUGGGAAAACAAGAGAGCAUGAAGCUAAAUCCUAGAUCUGCACAGGGGAGCAAGCCAUGGAAGGAAGCGAGAGGGAGCAGGAGUGAGGCCUGCAGAGAAGUCAAGCAGCCACUCAUUGUUUUCCUCUUUUGAAUAUUUUUUUAGCCUUUGCCAUUCUUUCAGCCUUUGUAGCAUUUUGUUUUUAUUCAAAUGAAACCCCACCAUCUGCAGUUCUGGAACUGGGCUGGUAAUAUGCCUGAAGGAGAACUUUAGAAUGUCUCAAAAUUAUGACCUAGACAUCAUUGUCUAAUUGCAAAUCUCAGAAGGUAAACAUCUGUGGGCAAAGUCUGGACUGUGCUCUAUUGCCAUCAGCUUUAUAGAAACUCUGUGGCUAGGCCUUGUCUGGGAUCUUUUGCAGAUGACCACUUGGGCAGAGCGUGAGUUCCUGUGUAAAGAGAGGCAUACUGCAUGGCCAGGGUUUUCCCCAAGAGCUUAUCAUAAACUGGCAGUUGCAAGACCACCAUGCACAGACAUCAAGAUCAAAGUUCGUCAGAAACUGCGCUGCCCCUGGGAAGACACUAGCCGCGGGCACAUCUGGGGAUACCACACCUGGCUGGAUGUAGGGAGGCUGCCACCACUCUUCCCUUCAAGGCCGGACAUACCUUAUGACAGCAACGUGUGGCGAUGGAUUACUGCUCCCAGGACAUACUGCAUGCCCCAGCCGCCCGUUCCGCCUCCCUCAGAGAUGGAUGGGAACACUUACCUCAAGUUCGUUGCACAGGGAGCUCUGUUUUUAGACAAGAAACAUACGGAAAGAGCUGUGGCCCAAAUACAGAAAGAGCUACAGGAAUGCAAGCGACUGAAGAUGAUGAGUGAGUGCCGAGCUCCCCCCAUAAACAGCCAGGGAAAUAUUUUGCCUCCUCAGGACUUCAACCGAUACAGACACCUGACUGCAGGAAGAGGCCUGCAAUCUCUCUCUGUCCAGCUGCAGCCAGUCAGACCUGCAACUAGAAACUGUUGGGAUUGGCCUUGCCCCAGCCUCCAACCCCAUUACCAGGAGGCAGCACAGAGACUUGCCUUGAGGAACAGCAGUCCAAUCUAUGAAGAGUUGCUGCAGAAAUACCAGGAGCUGGCUGUGUCUGGGAGAUAAGCAGGGUACCGUAACACUCCCAGCAAACAGAACCCAGAACUCUAGAGGGGCUAAUUCUAAGACUCAAGAGGGCUGUUGGGGGCUAUAAGCAGGGGACCCAACUACGUGGGAUUGCACAAGCUGUUAUGUCAGAGGACAGCAACCAGCACCCCAAAUACCGAGAGUGCACUGGUGAUGCAGGCAGGAUCUGCCAGCGAUCAGGCACCCACAAAACAGGAAGAUACCUCUGCCACUUGAUAUCAAAUAUCAUCAUCCAGGAACCUCCACCACAAAAACACUAAUGCAACAACUUGGCUUUAAAACAGCUUGGGAGUCCCCAGCACUGAGGCACACCUGCAGUGCUUAGGUAGUACUAAGCCAUGUUGAUUGCCCAUAUUUCCCUUUACAUCUUGGAUUUUGUAUGUUUACCAUUGAGCAGGCCUGCAUUCUGAUAGCCCUAGGGUCCCUGGCACAUGCCCAGGAAGAUCUCCUUCUCUUUCCAGCUGUGAACUAGGUGGGUGCUGAGCUUACAGGUAUCCCCAGCUACAACUGGGAAGUCCUGUUGCCCCUCUUCAAGGUUGUCCACAUCAGAUAUCAGUCCCUUGAUUCUUGUAUAAAAUGCUGAGUAGGUGGGUUGAAGCUUUCAGUUUGAUUUGUGCUGGAUGGGAGCUAUAACAAGGCAGUGUGUGGUGCUUGGUUAGGAUGAGUGGGAGUGGCCUGUUCCUAGGAAGAAAGGUUGGUCAGUAUGUAUCACUUGGUCUUUCUGUCAAUGGUAGGGGAAGGUGUGUGGCUUAGUUGACAUAGGGGUAUGGAAGAUUGGGAGGGUCAGUAACAGGGUGCAAGGCCUGGCUGGCAUUGAGGGAGGGGAUUCUGUCCCUGGGAGGAGAGCUCAGGGUGUAUGUGUGGGGUGGGUAUCAGGUCAGAGGGACAAGUCAGCAUGGGGUCCAAUGGGACUGAGAGUUUGCCUCACGUGGUAAGGUUGUACCUAGGCAGAGGAUUCAUGAGGCAUAUUUGCCUGAUGGGUGGAAUGCAACCAUGAGGCAGGAUCAUUCCACCUAGUGCACAGCUUUGUAUAUGUGGGCAGGGUUUGCGUCAAUCAAACUUUCCAUCUUCAGAUUCAGUAUUUUAUUUUCCUGCCUCAGGAAGAGCUUGGCAUACCAGUGGUAACUCUCCUCUUCCACCUCCACUUGUGGACUAGGCAAAUACUUCAGAGCACAUCACACACAACGGAGUCAUUCGGUAACAUUCCCCUGCUCUUACUGCAGAGCACUUUCCACAGAGGUGCCACACGUGAGAAUUCUGAGACCAACACUUAGGAGAGAUUCUAGGUGGACUCAGGUUAGAGGGCUUAUUCCUUCACCCUCUCACUUCCCUGGUCAGAGAGCAGCAAUAUCUGAAGGAGCCAACAAUUCAAAGUUUAUUGGGGUGAACUU